AUGGGAGAUGUGGACAAAGGACAAGAUGGUAAAAUCGUGAGCACGGAAGAUGAUGAUUCAAAACGACGUCGUGGGUCAACGGAGAAAGUGAUGGAAACCCUAGAUUUACCAAACAAGAGUCAAAACAUCACUGUAAGAAAAGAAGGUGAAGAGACAGAAAUUAAUGAGAACGUAUUGGGGAGUGAAGGAUCGGAUUUAAAAGGCGAAGAAUUGGUUUCUGCGAAGAAAAGGCCUGGUAAAAGGGGUCGAAAGAAGAAGGAAGAGACUGUAAUUCCAGGCGAUGGUAAUGGGUUUGUGGGUGGAAAAGGAAAAAAUGAAGGUGUUUCGGUGAAAGAUGGUGUUGCUGGUAUGAGUGAGAAGGCCAAAGGGUUUUCUGUGAACAAUAACGAAGAGAUGAAUUUGUCGAGUGAUGAGAGAGAAACUGGUUUUAUUGAUAUAAAAGAGGGAAAAUAUGAAGGCUUUUGGGGGUUGAGGGAAUCUGCUCGAAAGGCUCGGAAGAAAAUGGAGAACUUAGCCGAGGAAUCUGAGGAAGAUGAUGAGGAAGGUUUUUCCAAGAAGAGAAAGCGUGGAAGGAAAAAGAAAAAGCAAGUGGUUGUAGAGGAGAAUGGUGGUACUCUGGGAAGUGAGGAAGCGGAGGGAAAAGGAGGGGAAUUUGGUCCAGCGAAGAAAAGGCCUGGAAGAAGGGGUCGGAAAAAGAAGGUAGGGAUUAAAAUCCCAGCUGAUGGGAAUGAGUUUCCAGAUAACAAAGGAAAAGAUGAAGGGGUUUCUCUGGAGGAAGAAAGUGGUGCCGCUAGUGAGAAGGAAAAUGCAAGAGAGGAAAAAGGUGAAAGGGAUUUGGUGGAGAGGAAAUCAGGUCGAAAAGCUCAGAGAGUAAAGGAGAAUUUAACCCAGGAAAUUGAGGAAGAAGAUGAGGAAGGUGAGCCCUUGAAGAAGCGCAGAAGGAAAAAGGAGGAAGGUGUCGAGGAGAAUGGUGAUUUUCUGAUGGCUGAGGAAGGACCAGAAAGAAAGGGUUAUGCCCUGAGGGCUUCAAAGCAAAAAGAAGAGUCAGUGUCAAAGCCUAGGGGUCGACUCAAGAAGGAUGAGAAUGGGAAUGAAAUUGAGUCAAAUAUGUGUCAUCAAUGCCAGAGGAACGACAAAGGACGUGUUGUUCGGUGCACGAAGUGUAAGAGGAAGCGAUAUUGUGUCCCCUGCAUGACCCGAUGGUACCCUAAGAUGCCAGAGGAGGCUUUUGCUGAGGCUUGCCCUGUUUGUCAAUAUAACUGCAACUGCAAAAGCUGCUUGCGUUUGGAUGUGCCACUUAAAGAGCUGAAGAAUUUAGAAGUGAAUACCAGUGAUGAUGAAAAAGUUCAGUACUCCAAGUAUAUCUUGCAAGUGCUUCUCCCUUUUUUGAAACGAUUCAAUGAGGAACAAAUGAUGGAGAAGGAUUUUGAGGCUAGGAUCCAAGGGUUAUCAUUAUCAGAGAUUAAAUUACAACAAACAAAGUGUGCGGUGAAUGAGCGAAUGUAUUGUAACCACUGCAAAACCUCUAUUGUUGACUUCCAUAGAAGCUGUCCAUGUUGUUCUUAUGAUCUCUGUCUUACAUGUUGCCGGGAGUUGCGGGAUGGCAACCUGCAGGGUGGCGAGGAUGCAGUGAUGAUUGAAUCUGAAGAACCGGGACUAGACUACUUGCAUGGUGGGCCUCCUAAUUGUUCAAAGAAGAGUGCAACUUUGGAUGUAUUUGCUGAAACUAACACAGUCAAUCAUGCUAAGCCAGCAUCUGAAUGGAGAUCGAAGGAAAAUGGUAGCAUUCCUUGUCCCCGGGAGAAUAUGGGUGGCUGCGGUCAAGGAAUUUUAGAAUUGAAGUGUAUAUUCUCUGAAGAUUGGGUUUCAGAAUUGCUAGUAAAAGCAGGGCAAAUUGUCAAAACAUUCCAACUUGAAGAUGGGCCUGAGAGUCUUGCUCAACAGUGCUCCUGUUUUGAUUCCUCUGGAAAAUUCGACAUUAGCAAAGGAAAGUUACGGAAAGCAGCUUCUCGAGAAGAUUCUGAUGACAAUUAUUUGUACUGUCCUUCAGCUGGAGAUAUUCAAAAUGGGGAUAUCAAGCAUUUCCAGCAGCAUUGGUUUAAAGGCGAGCCGGUGAUUGUCACUAAUGUGCUUGAAACUACUUCAGGAUUGAGCUGGGAACCAAUGGUUAUGUGGCGUGCAUUCCGUCAGAUUUCAAACAUUAACCAUUCCCAACUUUUGGAUGUCACUGCUAUUAAUUGCUUGGACUGGUGCGAGGUAGACAUUAAUGUCCACAAUUUUUUCAAAGGGUAUUUAGAGGGACGAUUUGACCCUUUUGGGUGGCCUCAGGUUCUGAAGUUGAAGGACUGGCCCCCAUCUAGUUUAUUUGAGGAACGCUUACCCCGUCAUGGUGCUGAGUUUAUCAGUUGCUUGCCGUUCAAGGAAUAUACACAUCCUCGCAGUGGCUUCCUGAAUCUUGCUGUGAAACUACCCAAAAAGUCUUUAAAACCUGACCUGGGGCCGAAGACAUAUAUCGCUUAUGGAGUUGCUCAGGAGUUGGGACGUGCAGACUCUGUUACCAAGCUUCACUGUGAUAUGUCUGAUGCGGUGAAUGUGUUAACACAUACUCAAGCAGUGACGCUUUCUCCUAAAGAGCUUUUAGCCAUUGAGGAAUUAAAACAAAGGCACAUUGCCCAGGAUCAAAGAGAACUUUUUAAUAAUUGUCAGAUUGUGAACGUAAUGACCAAGAAGCAGCAACAAGGUGAACAUGGUGUAUGUGGAGACUUUUUGCCAACUUCGGAAUCGGAGGAGAGUCUGUGUUUGAACAAAGAUGCCAAAGACCUGCAAAGAGUUGAACAGACAGAUGGGAACUCACUAAAUGUUGGAAUUAAGGUUGCGGAAGUGUCACAUUGUAUGGAUAUUGAAGAAAAAGGGAGUGAGCUUGGCGGAAGUGGAGAAAAAGAACAACAUGAUCCUGAUUUAUCAGCAGAAGAGAAAAUUAGAAAGGACCAAAGAAAAGAAAAUGCAGAUAAAAAAAAAAAUGUGCGAAGAAAGAAGAGGGGGAAAAUGCAUGCAGCUGUACGAAGUAAGCAUAAGAAACCGAUAGGUCAAGAUGCUAGCUAUGGAAAAUCUGGUGUCCCAGAGGAAGGCUUAUGGGAGGAUAAUGAUGUGGUAGCAUUAAAAGGUGAAAUAAAUAUGGUUGAAUCUUCCGAGAUAGGUGAAGUGGAAAAAAUGGAUCAAGAUAAUGGACAGGAGAGUGGUGGCACAGAUUGUGGUGCUGUGUGGGACAUUUUCCGGAGGCAAGAUGUUCCUAAAUUGGAGGAAUAUUUGAGAGAGCACUUUAAGGAAUUUAGGCAUAUUUAUGGUUAUCCAUUGCAGCAGGUAGUAACUAAGUUAGCAAGAUGUCUAGGAAAAUUCUGCUAUCUUUGUGUUUAA